CAAAAACCAAAAAUUAAACGAAAAACGAAAAAGAAUGCAUCAGGAUAUGCACUAACAAGUAGAAGAACAUUGCCUGAGAUUGAAUUUCACCUGAUUUGUAUUGCCACCUUUCAUAUAUAAUUAUAAUCAACGUGAUCACGCGCUCACACCACACCGACAACAACAGCAGCAGCGGAAGAAGGCAGCUCUCUCGCCUGCUCUUCUCUUCGUCCAGGAUCAAGUUUGGCACAAAACCCAUAAUUUCUUGCUGUUGUUGUUGUUGGAAAAGACGCGACGAACGGGCUCCAUGGUGUCGCCGGCUUGACCGACGCCGUCGUCCCCAAUGGGCGCGCAAUAAACAACAUACACAAAAAAAAGCAAAAAAGAAAACAAAAAGAAAGAAAAAACUUUCAAGAAAACGAAUCCAGUUCUUCACGAUCCUCCACGCCUCGUCUCUUGUUUUAACUCUAUCAUCCACGGGCUCGUGUGCUUUUGUUUUGGCUCUGCCGCGUUUAUUGUUUUGUUGCAGCCAAAGCAAAAGCAAAGAAAAACAGCUAAAGAGCUGGGGCAACUCACUGGCCUGGCCCCAAACACCCGGUAGAAGGUUGAGGCUGUUGCAUCGUAUAAAAAUCAUCAACGUUCCUGCCUCUUGUUGUUGCUGUUGUAGCCAGACAUGGCGCCGAAAUCCAGAAAGAAGAAGGCUCAUGCUCGCUCUUUGACUUGCUACUGUGAUGGUAGCUGUCCAGGCAAUGUUAGCAAUGGCACUUGUGAGACCAGACCCGGCGGCAGUUGUUUCAGUGCUGUUGAGGAAAUCUAUGAUGAAAGCACAGGCACAUAUGAGGAAGAGCGCACGUUUGGAUGCAUGCCGCCGGAGGAGAAUGGCGGACUAUUGAUGUGCAAAGUGGCAGCAGUUCCUCAUAUUCAUGGAAAGAAUAUUGUAUGCUGUGACAAAGAGGAUUUCUGUAACCGUGAUCUGCGUCCCGCCUAUACACCCAAAAUGACCACACCCGCUCCAGAGUUACCAGUCAGCAGCGAGUCCAUGCACACAUUGGCAUUAUUAGCUUCAAUUGUGGUUUGCCUCUCCGUUUUCAUUGUGAUUGUUUUCAUCCUGUGUUUGACCUACAAGCGACGAGAAAAAUUACGCAAACAACCACGACUGAUCAGUUCCAUGUGCAACUCACAGCUCUCACCGUUGUCCCAACUUGUUGAACAAAGUUCCGGCUCGGGCUCAGGCCUGCCGUUGUUAGUACAGCGUACCAUAGCCAAACAAAUUCAAAUGAUGCGGCUGGUGGGCAAGGGACGGUAUGGCGAGGUGUGGUUAGCCAAGUGGCGGGACGAGCAUGUGGCUGUCAAGACAUUUUUCACCACCGAGGAGGCUUCUUGGUUCCGUGAGACAGAGAUCUAUCAGACAGUCCUUAUGCGCCAUGAGAACAUAUUGGGAUUUAUCGCCGCUGAUAUCAAGGGAAAUGGCAGCUGGACCCAGAUGCUGCUUAUAACCGAUUACCACGAAGUGGGUAGUCUCCAUGAUUACCUGUCCAUGUCGGUCAUUAAUCCUCAAAAGCUUCAAUUGUUAGCGUACUCGUUGGCCUCCGGCUUGGCCCAUUUGCAUGACGAAAUUUUUGGGACUCCAGGCAAACCUGCGAUUGCCCAUCGUGACAUCAAAAGUAAAAAUAUACUUGUCAAACGUAACGGACAAUGUGCCAUAGCCGAUUUUGGCCUGGCAGUGAAAUAUAAUUCGGAGCUGGAUGAAAUCCAUAUUGCCCAGAACACACGUGUUGGCACUCGCCGCUAUAUGGCACCCGAAGUUCUCGCCCAAGUGCUGAAUCCACAGCAGUUCGAGGAGUUCAAACGCGCGGAUAUGUACUCAGUGGGUCUGGUUCUCUGGGAAAUGGCACGACGCUGCUAUACGCCGAUAUCAGGCACAAAAACCACCACCUGCGAGGAUUAUGCUUUGCCAUAUCACGACGUGGUGCCGUCAGAUCCUACCUUCGAGGAUAUGCAUGCUGUUGUUUGUGUGAAGAACUUCCGACCGCCUAUACCAUCACGCUGGCAGGAGGAUGACGUUCUUGCCACUGUGUCCAAAAUCAUGCAGGAGUGUUGGCAUCCCAAUCCCACUGUCCGUCUGACAGCGUUGCGUGUAAAAAAGACUUUGGGACGUUUGGAACCUGAGUGUCUUAUCGAUGUGCCUAUGAAAAUUGUUUAGUUUUCUGUGCAUUGUAUCCUACUAAUUUGUGUUUUGUAGAAUUGUUUUAGGUUUGACCUAAGUUGCAUUUAUGUAUGUACCCUUUCGACUCCAAAUUAAGUGUGCACUUGGUUAACGUUUGUGUAACUUGUAUUGGAGUGCCUUUAGGCAGUUUUAGAUUAAGUGCUGCACUGAUUGAUUAGUUAUGAUCCUUUGAAAUGCAAAAAUGAAAAGAAAUCUUUGGUUUGAAAAAUGCUUUAACUAUUUCAGAAAUGAAGGUUGAAAAUCGAAAUCGAAAUUACUUAGGUAAUAUCUUUUGUGCCAGCUUGUUAAAAAAAUAUUAACAAUUACUUAUUAAUCAUAUAUGUAUGUAUCUAUAAGAUGUAGCAUAAAUACAUAUACAUACAUAUAUAGUACCUACAUAUAUAAGUGUCGAAAAAAAAAUCUUAGCCAAAAUCGCUAAGUGAUAAUGCUGCCUUUUGUAAAAUCCACACAGAAUUAGUUGCCUUAAGGAACAAUAUGUAAAGACAAAAUAUAGAGAGUUUUGAAUAGGUUAAUCGGAUCUUCGGCAUGUUUGUUGGGCUGUACAUAUGUAUCUAUGUGGUACAUAACCAUGUACAUCUACACAUAUUCAGUGCGUGUCUAAGAAAAUUUUAGCCAAAUCUGCUAAGAGAUAAUUCUGCCUUAUGUAAAAUCCACACAGAACUAAUUGACUUAAGAAACAAUAUGUAAAGACAAAAGCCAAACGAAAUGUUGAGUUUUGAAUAAGUGAAUAGGAUCUACGGCACAUUUUAUAGGCUGCUUAAUUUAUAUACAUUUAAAAUUAGUCUUUAUAUAGCAUACAGAAUUAAACUUUGAUUUCAUUAUUUGUUUUGUGUAAAUAUUGAACUAUAUAUCUAUAUCUAUAUUAUAUAUAUGUAUAUGUAAAUAAUAUAUAUGUAUGCGUUUCAAGUUCUUAUUGGUAAAAUAUGCCUUGUUUAAGAUAAAUAUCUAAGAUUUAAUGGAUAUGUAUUGUAAUUGAUUUAUUUUUUGGUCAUUGAAAUUCUUUCAUUAUACGUGUAUGUAUUUUUAAUGAAAGAUUUAUUUUGAAACUAAAGUUUGUAUUAAAGCGUUUAGUUAAUUUAUUUAAAAAUAAUAAUUAUAAAAAAAUAAGAAUCGUAUUAUUAAACACCAAAA